AGAGAGAGCAACGUUGAAUAGUGGUCGGAUUGUCUGAGUGGAAAAAAGGAAAAUGAGUUGCCGGGAGAGAGGACUUGAGUUCAAGCGAUGUGUCGCGUCGGGAUACUGCGCUGGGAAAUAAAUGGAAACCAAAGUGGCCCAAGUGAAGAAGAAGCCUGCAUCUGAAACUCGUUGAGUCUUCAUUCACCGCAAGUGCUGCACAACUGCUGCUGCUGUCGGACUGCUUUACUGAAGGUCUUUUGGCUGCUGGCAAAAGUGGCCGUGUGAUUUAGGCUUCAACUUUAAACGGUGACCCGCAGAGAUGGCUCUCUCGCGGAUUGGCGCGGGGUGGAGAAACGGCACGCGGCUCCUUUUCCAUCUCUUUUGCGUUUUCACACUGAGCACAAGCGUGCUUCUGGAUAAUGGUGCUGACAGAGCUCAAUCUCAUCAAGAAGCAUCGGCCCUGCUCCGAUCUCUCAAUUUACCUCAACACACAGAAUAUGAGAUUGUAUCUCCCUAUGAAGUCAGCCACCAAGGUGUUUACAUCUCUCAUGAAGUGGCCCACCACCAGCGCAGACGGCAACGCAGAUCCUUGACCCCAGAUACAGGUUCAUCAAACACUGACAGCAGAGAAACGGUCCACUUCCGGCUUAGUGGCUUGGGGCAGGACUUCCAUAUGGAGCUGAGGGAGGCCUCUGAGAACCUGAUUGCACCUGGCUUCACCAUCCAGGUCCUGGGAAAGAAUGGCACCAAGAGCCUGAGGGCCUACCACCAGGACGACCUCUGCUUUUACCAGGGUUCGCUGAGGUCAAGGGUUAACUCCUCUGUGGCACUGUCCACAUGCAUGGGGAUGUCAGGUUUGAUCAGAACACAGGAUGCAGACUACUUCCUGAGACCUGUGUCCCGCAGCCUCGCUCAGAGAGAGAACUUUACAGCCCCCUUCAGUCACCAGCCACACAUCCUCUACAAGAGCAAGAGGGACUCUCGGACAGAGCAGAGCGGUAAUGACCCUCGGGUGCUUCAGAAGAGAUCUUCAGAUUCCACUCAUCACAAACCACAACGACACUUUGUCACAAAGAGAUCCAUAAACUCACAUACGGACUCCACCUACAACACGUUUAAUGAAGAUCAACACAGGGGCCUGCAAAAAGAGCAAAGUGACAUACAUGGUUAUCACCAUGGCAACGGCGACCAUAUGGAACAUCAUGCCGAUGGCCAUCACCACAACAGUCAUCGCCAUGACAAUGACUACAGGCAUGGAGAGAAACAGAGGCAACACUUCUGCGGGAGAAGGAAGAAAUACAUGCCCAAACCUCCAGAAGGGGAUGUCUUUAUCCUUCCAGAUGAGUACAAGUUCGUUCCCAGGAACAAAAGAGCCGUGCUCAUGAAGAACGAGGGCAACCAGAAGCUCAAUGUGGAGAUGCUAGUGGUGGUGGACAGGAAGAUGAUGGACAACCACGGCCAUGAGAACAUUACCACAUAUGUUCUUACUGUGCUAAAUAUGGUAAGGGAACUCUAAUGCGGUACACUAGACGGUAGGCCUAAUGUCGUCCUUAUUUGUCUCUGUCUGCCUCCGUUUAUCUGCAUUAUCUCACAGGAUGGCUUGGUGAUCAACCACCAUGCAGACCACACACUGAACAGCUUCUGCCACUGGCAGUCUACCCUGGGAGGCAGAGAGGGCCGACACCACGACCAUGCCAUACUCCUCACAGGACUCGACAUCUGCUCUUGGAAGAACGAACCCUGUGACACUCUUGGUUUUGCUCCAAUUAGUGGCAUGUGCAGCAAGUACCGGAGUUGUACCAUUAAUGAGGACACAGGCCUGGGUCUGGCAUUCACCAUCGCCCAUGAAUCCGGGCACAAUUUUGGAAUGGUCCAUGAUGGUGAAGGGAACGUUUGCAAAAAGUCAGAGGGCAACAUCAUGUCUCCCACAUUAGCCGGUCACAAUGGUAUCUUCUCCUGGUCUGCCUGCAGCCGCCAGUACCUCAGUCGCUUCCUCAAUUCCGCCCAGGCUCUGUGCUUAUCAGAUGAACCCAGAGCAGUCAAGGAGUAUCGGUACCCUGAGAAGCUGCCGGGCGAGCUGUAUGAUGCAGACACACAGUGUAAAUGGCAAUUCGGGGAGAAGGCCAAACUCUGCACCCUCGACUUUAAGAAGGAUAUCUGCAAGGCUCUGUGGUGCCACCGUGUUGGGAGGAAGUGUGAGACCAAGUUCAUGCCAGCCGCUGAAGGCUCUGCCUGUGGCCCUGAUAUGUGGUGUCGUAGGGGCCAGUGUGUGAAACAGGGCGACGAGGGCCCGAGGCCCCAGCAUGGCCAGUGGUCAGAGUGGUCGUCCUGGUCUGCCUGCUCGCGAAGCUGUGAGAGCGGCGUCACCUAUCGAGAGAGGCAAUGCAACAACCCCAGACCUGCAUUUGGAGGGAAGUUCUGUGAGGGCUCUUCCAGGUCUUACAAACUUUGUAACACUGAGGAUUGUCCCCUCAACACCAUUGACUACAGAGCGCAGCAGUGUGCUGAGUUCAACAGCAAACAAUUCAGAGGAUGGUACUACACCUGGAGGCCAUACACCAGAGUGGAUGAUCAAGAUGUAUGUAAGCUGUACUGCUUUGCUGAAGGCUACGAUUUCUUCUUUGCCCUGGCCAGCAAAGUUAAGGAUGGGACACUCUGCUCACAGGACAGUUCUAAUGUCUGUAUUGACGGACUGUGUGAGAGAGUGGGCUGUGACCGUGUUUUGGGCUCUACAGCUGGGCCUGAUGCUUGCGGGGUGUGUCAAGGAGACAACUCCACCUGCAAGAUCUACAAAGGACAGUACACCAAGCAGCAUUACACUAACCAGUACUAUGGGGUGGUAACCAUCCCAGCAGGGGCUCGGAGUAUCCGUGUGAUGGAACUGAACACGUCCAGCUCUUACCUGGCAGUCAGGGACACCCAGAGACGCUACUACCUGAAUGGACACUGGACAGUGGACUGGCCAGGCAGACACCCCAUCGCUGGAGCCAUUUUUGAGUACAAGAGACCUUACAACAGACCAGAGAGCCUCAUAUCAACUGGCCCAACCAAUGAGACACUGGUCAUAGAGAUAUUGUUGCAGGGCUGGAACCCAGGUGUACGCUGGGAAUACACUCUGAAGAAAGCUGAUGAGAAGAGGAAUCACAUCAAACACAAUUAUACAUGGGCCAUCAUACGCGCCCGGUGUUCAGCAACAUGUGCUGGAGGCCAGAUGAACACCAAGUCAGCUUGCUACAAAGACUUGAGAGUGCAAGUGAAUACAUCCUACUGCAAUCCCAGAUCAAGACCAGCUACUGGACUGAUGCCCUGCAACACCCAACCCUGUCCUGCCAGCUGGUCUGUAGGAGAGUGGGGGGUGUGCAGCCAGAGCUGUGGAGGAGGGGAGCAGACGCGGCAGGUCCAGUGUGUCCAGAGAACCAGCCAGACCAACGUGGACGCUCUGGCUGACUCUCACUGUGCCCAGCCCACCCCGACCAGGAGGCAAGCCUGCAACACACACAGCUGUCCACCAGUCUGGACCACUGGGCCUUGGACACAGUGUUCUCGUAAGUGUGGCAACGGAUUGAAGAAGAGGACAGUUCUGUGUACGAGCACCAACCCAGGUGCCCAGACACACACACUGCCAGACAGUUUGUGUGUGGGCCUGCCGAAACCCGCCGGUCAAGAAUCCUGCUUCAUCAAACGCUGCCAGAAACAACGCAAAGUCCAGUGGUUUGUCUCCACAUGGCAAGAGUGUUCAGCAACGUGUGGUCGUGGUUAUCAGGCGCGCUUCAUCAAGUGUGCAGAGAAGGACACUGCAGGAAAAUACAGAGAGCUUGCUGCCAAGAAGUGCCACCAUGUCAGUAAGCCCACAGUUGAUCUCCAGAGGCCGUGCAACCUGGCUGAGUGCCCCGUCCACACUACCCCAGCAGUCUACCGAUGGAGCACAUAUCAUCACACCUAUCCACCUCAACCCCUCCCUCAACCUCCUCCUCCAGCAGAAUGGCACACGUCUCCUUGGUCUCAGUGCACAGUGACAUGUGGAGGAGGAGUGCAGGCCAGGACAGUCCAAUGUCUGGUCCAGGGGAAGCCCUCUCCUGGCUGUGCCUUCCAUCUUAAACCCUUAAUGUCCCAGGCAUGCAACACCAACUUCUGCCCACAACCUGAUAAGAAAGACCUUGCAUGUAGGGAUUACUUCAACUGGUGUUACCUGGUGCCCCAGCAUGGAGUCUGCAACCACAAGUUCUAUGGCAAGCAGUGCUGCCAGUCCUGUUCAAAUUCAAACCUAUAAUCAUACGGAGUGACUCUGUCUGUAACACAGGCAGAUAGGUAGUUAGAUAGACAAAAGACUAUAUUUGACGUCCAUGCUUGAAAAGACAGUGCCUUUUUGCUUUAAGCGUGUGGCGAGCACUGAAAAACAAAUGACAUUUCAAUGGAAGUGCAAAAGAGUUGCAGUGCCCUUUCUCCUCCCUGCGAUGCCGGACAUCUGGAUACUAGAACUUGAUGCUGACAGCACAAUACAGGAAUGUGAUCAGGACAGUACAAAAAAAGGAGAGAAUUAUGAGGAGGAACUAGCUAAAUGGGAAUCAUGAUUAAAGCGAAUAGUCCAUAAGAAACUGAAAACCUGAAAAAUCCCAGCUUUGUUUAUGUACUGUAUGUAAUUGAACAGAUCUGCACCCAGGACACCCAACAUCCUCCAGGCAACCAAAGGCCAAUGAUGGCAGGCCUACAGAGAAAAACGGUUGACGAGCCUUCAGGCACUGCCACGCAACAACAUGUGAUACAGCCCGGUCUGCACUGCAAUUCUUGAUCAAUUGGACAUCUGGGGUCUGAUAAUGAAAAGGGAUGUUUCAAAGAAACAAGAAAACAUCAUUUUACUUUAAGGCUUGAUAAAAAACAGGCUGGAUAGCUGGACAAUAGCAGGAAGCUUUGUGCUGUUGUGUAAAAUAAAAAAGUAAAGAAAAAACAAAAUGCAUCAUUUAAUGAAAGAACUAUUCUGAGAUGGGUUGCGACUGUGUGAACUGACUUUCAUACUCAGUGGUGCUACAACAUUGUCUUCUGUCACCAAAUCAAUGUGAAAUCCUCAAGUUUCAGGAAAGAACACAUGAAUUGUGUGACCCAUGUACAGUAUUGUUUGUUUUAUUUAUUGGCUUUACAAUACAGCGUUGCUGGAAGACUGUAUUAAUAAGCAGUAUAAAUGUGUCCUUUUAUUACUCUACUCUAAGCCCAUUACCUUUAUAUUUUGUAUUAUGUUUCAUAAGAUUUCAUGCUGACAAAAUGCACCUUUUUUAUUCAAAACAUUUAUCUUCUUUUUAAAGAAAAUGAAUCUGUGAUGUCAAAAGCCCAGUCCCGCAAUGUCAACAAUGAUUGAUGAUCAUUUACAGCAGCUGUUGAGUAGAAACAAAGGUAUGAGCACGCUGUUUGAAGAGACACCGUUUCUUUCCAUUACAUUGUCCAACAUUAUCCAAGUCAUGCAUUGCAUUUAUUGAUAUGGCACAAAAAUAUAUUGGUUAUGGUUCAAAAGCAAUGACAGAUGAUGGCCGAUGCUAUUUCAAUGUGAUUUUUACAGUGUAAAUGAAAUACCAAUAAACAAA